ACAAAAGGCCCUAGAUUGAGUGCUUAAAACAGAUGAUUCUUGUCAUGGUUUAUGUCGGUCGUUCGGGGAAACAAGAGAUUUAACGAGUUCUCCAUUUUAUAAUAGUUUUGUUGAGUGCUGAUUUGGAGUUAUGAUUACGAGCUUCAGAUAAUGAACUGUGGAAAUUAUCUUCAUUUUCUACUUGUUAUCUCAUUGUGCCAUACCGUAAUGAAUCAGCUAUACUGUCGCCGAAGCUCAUGUGAAAUGCCUUCAGUGGAAUAUGUCGUUAGAGUCGAUGGAACGUUUUCAGAUGCCAAGGCAGUCGCUCGACUGCACGACUUGGAACUAGUUGAUGAAAUGAUUGGUUUUAAAGGGAUGUACAUAAUGCACUCAAAAGCUAGCGCACUCAAAAGGCGCAGGCGUCGGGCUAUGGUGUCCAUCGGAGGUCCAGGGGUCAAGUGGUUUAUUAAACAAGAAUUUCUUAAACGUACUAAGCGUUCCAGUGUGCCGACCGUAUUCUGGGAUGAUCCGCUGUAUCCUGAUAUGUGGUAUCUGAACAGAGCUAGUAAAGGUAGAGGUUAUGAUAUGAAUGUAUUAGAAGCAUGGGAGUUAGGCUAUACUGGUAGAGGUAUCAAAAUCACUAUUAUGGACGAUGGAAUAGACUACACGCAUCCGGAUCUGUUUGUAACUUAUGAUCCCAAAGCUAGUAUCGAUAUUAACGGUCAUGAUAAUGAUCCAAUGCCAAAUAUACGGAAUCGUGAUAAUAAACAUGGGACUCGGUGCGCUGGACAAAUUGCUGCUCAGGGUAAUAACUCUGUAUGUAUUGUCGGUAUCGCUCAUAAUGCACAGAUCGGUGGCAUACGUAUGUUAGAUGGUUACAUAACGGAUAGAGUUGAAGCGGAAACACUACAUUUUCGACAGGAUUACAUUGAUAUUUACUCAGGUAGUUGGGGACCUGAAGACUCAGGGAAAUUAUAUGAAGGUCCCGGUAUACUUGCUCAAUCUGCAUUCCAACAAGGUGUAGUUACGGGUCGAAGAGGUUUCGGUAAUAUUUAUGUAUGGGCAUCAGGUAAUGGUGGUUCACUAGAUGAUUCAUGCGCUUGUGAUGGUUAUUCAAGUAGUCCAUUCACUUUAUCUGUCAGUGGUGUUAGUGAGUCAAAUACACGUCCAUGGUAUUUAGAAAAAUGUUCAUCAACUUUAGCUAGUACUUAUAGUAGUGGAAGUCCAAUGGAAAGAAUGAUUUCCACUACUGAUUUGGGUCAUGACUGUACUCGUAUGCAUUCCGGUACAUCAGCAUGUGCGCCAAUGGCAGCUGGAAUUAUUGCAUUAUUAUUAGAAGCUAACGGUCGACUUAGCUGGCGUGACGUUCAAUAUAUUACUUUACUAACAGCUAAUCCGAAACCGUUCAAAGAUGGUAAUUUUACAAAGAAUGCCGUUGGACGUCAAUAUAGCCAGUUGUAUGGAUAUGGUUUAAUGGAUGCGGGUAAAAUGGUCCGACUUGGGGAAUUAUGGCGUGGUGUUCCUCCACAUCAUCGUUGUACUUCAAAUGUGAUAGAUGUACAAAAAAAUCUAGGUGGAAAAUUUAAUCACACAUUAUUUCUUAACUUCUCUGGAUGUCAACCAAAAUCUCGAAAUAGUGACUCAUCAAACAAAUUAAAUAAACGAUGGACUUCAGAAAAUGGUACACCCAUACGUUAUUUAGAACAUGUCCAAGUUUACGCAGAUAUUGUUUAUGAACGUAGAGGAUUAUUACAACUAUCUGUAAUAUCUCCAAGUGGUACAUUAAGUGUACUUCUCCCACCUCGAACUCAUGAUGAACAUUCAGGUAAUAUAGCUAUGCUACGUUGGCCAGUUACAACAGUACAAUUUUGGGGUGAAAAUGCUGUUGGUACAUGGCAGAUACGUUUAGAUAGUAUUGUAGGCAGUGAAAUAAGUCGGGCUGAUCCAGAUAACAUUAAAGGAUUUUGGCGUUCAGUUUGGAUUGUCGCCUAUGGUACAGAUGAAUUCCCUAUACGUCUUAAACCUCCUACACCUGAACGUCCACCACCUCCGGAAUGGUUUAAAUCAUUUUCGAAAUAUGUUGUUGAUGAUCGAGACUGGCAUAAAGUGUAUACAUGUCAUUAUGAAUGCGCACCUGGUGGUUGUACAGGUCCAGCAGCUGAUCAAUGUUUGUAUGGAUGUAAACAUUUUGCUACUGAAAGCCGACAAUGUGUAUCAGUUUGUCCUCUUGGGACCACAGCUUUCGGUGCCUUACGUCUUGGUACUUCGUUGAAUAAUUACGCUAAUGCUAACAAUAAUGAUAAUCAUGAUAAUAAUAAUAAUGAACAGGAUUCACGUGAUCGUAUUAAUCCUGAAACACUAUCACCAUUAUUUGGACGUAUACGAACUAGUAGUAAUUAUCAAUUGGGUAUGUAUGAUAAUAGUAAUAGCUUUAUCAAUACAAACAGUUAUAAUCAGCAAGGAUUUAAAAAUGAAAUGGUUUGUCAACCAUGUUGGUCAUUAUGUUCAGCCUGUAUACGUCCUCAUAUUGAAUAUGACUGUACAGCUUGUUUAAAUCAACGUUUCUUAGUUCCAUUAUUAACAGCAAAUGACGAAGCUAAAACUGUGUUAUUUUCAUAUACUCAGGAUAAUAAUGAUCAUGGAAAUACAAAAUUGAUUAAUUUUAAUUUACCUCAAGUAAUUGGCACAUGUCGAACUGAAUGUCCAAUAGGCUUUUUUGGUAAUAAAUCAUCUUCAAUAUGUGAAGCGUGUGCCGAAAAUUGUGCACAAUGUGUUGGAUCGAAAUCGGAUGAAUGUCGUGAAUGCUAUUCCGGUUUCCGGUUAAUUCAUGGAAAGUGUGUUGAUAGUGCAUCACCUGAUGGUCGCUGUAAAUCGGGACAAUAUUUAAAACAUUCCAAAUGUGUAAACUGUCAUCCAUCUUGUGAUAAAACAACUUGUAUAACAUCAGAUCAAUGUAUUUGGUGCCCUAUUCACUUACCAAACUUUUUUAAUUCCACCUGUACAAAAUCUUGUCCAGAAGGUUGGUAUUCUGGUGAACAAAUUCAAUCACCAUUUUAUGCGAAUAUUGUACAGAAUGAAAUGCUACCACCUAAACAACCAAUACAAAUAUGUGAAGCUUGCUCGCCCGGUUGCCAAAAGUGUAUUAAUUUCAGUGUAUGCGUAAUGUGUUUGCCUGAUUUGGAACUUCACAAUGGUACAUGUAAAUUGCCCUCAGAUGAUAACAAUAAAACUUUGAGUAACAGUCAGAUUAGUAACAGGAAAUCACCAAAUCAAUGUGGUUCUGAAUCAUGUUCAACAUGUUAUGAUGGUGUAGACAAGACCUGUCUUCAAUGUCCACCGAAUUAUCAUUUACUCGAGAUCACACUAUUCAGUAACUUACAAAAUUUUAAUUUGUUCAGUGGAAAUCCUAAUAACCUGACACCCUCUUGGUCAUCCAUCUUACUGUCUUCCUCUCCUACAUCAUCAUUAUUACCACCAUUAUUAUCAUCAUCGUCCAUAUCAAGGUUGGAUGAGACAGGUAAUACAAAUAAUUCAACAGUAAUAUCGUCAACUAAAGCUGGACUCACUGCACUAACUGCACCAACUAAUUCUGUUAUACCUAAUUCUUUCAGUAAUACAACAACUAAAACUGUGAAUACAGACAGUUUAAUUCUAAAAAUACCCAAUUUGUUUAGUAAAAUUAUGAGGAAUCGUCUAGCAUUGACUACUAGACGUUUUGUACAUAAUAAUAAUAAUACUAAUAAUAACGAACAUAAUUCUAAUAGUGUUGUUAAUAUACCUCAGCCUAAAUUCAUCUGUGUACAUACAUGUCCUAAUGGUUAUUAUCGGAAAAGUAUGUUGAUUAAUGGUGAUGAGGUUACAAUGUGUUCAAAAUGUCCACCUUCGUGUUCUACUUGUACAGAUAUAACACAUUGUAAUCUAUGUCAACCAGGUUUUUACUUGCAUAACAAAACGAAUUAUUGUUUAAUGCGUACUACCUGCCGUCUUUCUGAGUACUUUGAUGAAGAUCAAGAUGUAUGUCGACCAUGUGAUUCUACUUGUCGAACUUGUUCCGGACCUAAUCCAUUUCAAUGUACCAGUUGUUUUAGGAAACCACCAGCUCCGCGUUGCUUAUUGACAAAUCAACGUGUUUCAAAAUUACACAGAACUUCUAAAGAUUUAGCCCCAUGGACUGAUUAUUCAAAUGUAGAACCUAAUUCUGGACAAUGUUUACCUUGUUGCCCUUAUCGGUUGGCUUUAACUAGUCGUGAUCCUAGACAAUGCAUGUUUUGUGUUGCUGAUAAACCUAUCUGUUUAAGUGGUGACGAAAUUGGAGCUGGAGAAAGUGGCUACAUAAUAGAUGUCGAUAAUAAUGACCAAUCCUUAUUGGAAUUGUUCAGUAAACAACCAUAUCGUCUUAUUCUAUUGAUUGGAUGUAUUAUAUUUAUUAUACUGUUAAUUAUAUUCAUCGUAGCUCAUUUUAUAACAGCACGUCGCCGUCGUCAUCGUGGAAACAAUCAAAUGUAUUCUUGUUGUUGUAAACAACAUUAUCAUGAAUCGAACAAACGAACAAAAAUUGUAACAUCUGUUACCAAAAAGCGUAAGGCUCGACAAAUGGCUUCUCUAACUAAUCAUCACAAUUAUUAUCAUGAUCAAUAUGUUAAUAGUCCAACAAUAUUGGAACGAAAUAAAGUAGAAGAUAGUGAAAGCGAAGGUGAGGACGAUGAUGAUGAUCCACAAGCAGAACAAAUUUCACUAAAAUGUAAACGUAUUAAAGACAAUAAUAUAAAUAUAGGAUAUAUUGAUAAAAGAUUAAUGAUAUUGAACUAACUGAGGAUUGUAUUACUACUGUUAGUAAUGGUGGUAGUAAUCAUUUCUAUGUUCCAUCUUAUAAAUCAUCGAAUUGUUCAAAUGGUAAAUUACAUAGUGGACGUGUAUAUCGAUUAAGUAUAGAUGAUUUAGUAGACACACCGCCGACCAGCAUCACUGCCACAACAACACCAACAUGUACAUUGAAUACUGCAAAUACACAUAAUCAUGUACGUUACAGCCAGUUGAGUAGUACUGUACUACCUAACGAUGAUGGUGAUGAUAAUGACAAUGAUGGGAACAGUAAUAAUAACAGUGAUCCAGAUACAAAUAGUAAUGGUGUAACUGAAUCAUGUGCAGUAGAAGUAGAUAACAGCUGAUUAAUACAAUUAAUUAUUGACGCCUAGUCGUUAUUUAUUAUUGAUUUAUAUAUUUUAUUAUCAUUAUUAUUACUGUAUUCCCCUCAAAAAUGAAAAGUCCAUUCAUUCCUGUUACCUUUCAUUUAAAAAAGAGCUUGUUUUUGUCCAAUUAAAAUGUGCUUUCUUUCUGUAUGUUCCUCUUUCUUACCAUACUCAAUUGCACAAGUCAUUAUAAGAUCUCAAAAAUUUUUUAAAAAUAAUGUUAACUGGGCACACUAUUGCCUGUUCUUACAAAUGCGUAUUCACAAUUAUUCAGUUGAAUUUUUUAAUACAUUGUAUUGUUAGUAUUACAGUUACCACAACUACCACUACUACUAAUAAUAGUAGUGAAAGAUGAUGACAAUGAAUUAUUUUUAUGCUGCUAAUUUUUACUUCCCUUCUUUUUUUUUAUACAUUUUACUGGAAACAAAAUAAAUUAUAUCAAGGCCUUAUCUAGAAAGAAAUAAAAACAAUUAAUUAAUACGUUUCACGUACAUGGAUUCACGUAUUGUUCCUAUUAUAGUUUGAAUUUUUUUCUCGUUUUAUUUUAGUUGUAUGUAUGUAGAAAUUUUCUGUAUAGUGAGAAAUGAGCAUAACUGUAUUUGUAUUUGGCCAUACUUUCUCUUUCUCCGUAUCAUAUUCAAAAGAUGAGCAUAAAUUUAGUAAUAACUUUAGGGGAACAAGCUGUGAUGUUGUGUACACUGUUUUAUGUUCUUUAAUUAUAUUCACUAUCCUAUUUUUUUUUUCAAUUUUCCAGUCAUUAUUUCAAACUAUACUGCUGUUUUACUCUUCAUCAACAUCGCAUACAUUUGUUUUCUCUUUAAUUUAAAGUAUGUAUACAUAUGUAGGUAAAUCAUACCAUUUUUAAACAAAAUUAGAUAAUACUCUUUGUUCGUAUAUUAUUUACAAUUUGUCAGCUUAAUACAUUCGUUAUUUGUUCAUUGUCUUCCGUAUUGUUCUUUUUUAUUUGUUUUUCCAUAAGAGUGACGUAUGUACUGAUUGCUUUCAUUUAUUGUAAUUUUUAAUAUGAUUAUAAUAAAUCUUAUCACUGCUGCCUCCUGUUGCCACACUGUAUCACUACUAUUAUUACUACUACAAAUAGUAGUAGUACUGUUAAAUUGUUUGUCUUUAUUUCAGUUUACACCUAAUAUUUUUAUUUUGUAUUUUUUACCUAUUUUCUUUUUUUCUAAUUGUGUUAACUUUUAACUGUGAAAAGUCGAAGUCUCUUGUUCGUACCACUGUUAAUUGUGCCUUAUAAAUAUGAAACGAUGAUGUUCAUUAAAAAUGAGCAUCCAUUGUGUAAAAAAAAAACUUAUUACAUCUUGUUGAAUUCUUGCACUUUUAACUCGUGCUGAUGCUAAUUGUUAAUUUUAUUGAUGAUGAUAGCCCUACUAAUACUACUACUACUACCACCUAACAAUACUAGUCGUUUUUUUAAAUAUCUGUUUUUCUUUUUUCAAUAUUAAUCGCGA